AUGCUGUCCAUCACACCUCAGGGAGACCACCAGCACCAGUCCCUCUACCUCCCCUUCAGACCGUUGUCCUCCCCGAGCCGCUCUACUACCGACUUGCCCUUCCUCACCACCCUCGCCAGCAGUAUGGGUCACAGCCUGCACCAGGCCGGCAACUCCACGGCAUCAACCACAACAUCAGUCAAGGACUCGGCCAGCGUCGCCCAGGCUCUCGAGAUCGCUCGAGAGAGCCCUGACGGCGCAUCAGACCCGACUGUUAGCAGCAUCCUGGAGAGCGCUAUCAGCCAGAUCUGGGCCAAGGUGGCAGCACAGCCAGACUCUUAUGUGUUGAGCCGGGACGAGUUUGCCGUCUUCAACUACUUUCAACACCGCUUCACUGGCAACAAGAUUGCCAUGGCUGCGCGCAAGCGCUAUUGGGACAACGCGCGCGCUUGA